UACACAUCACAGCGGUCGAGAGUAUGAAAUAGACAUGUUAAAGCCAAGUCAAUCUAGAGCUGUACACUUUUCAGUAUUGUUGGAGAGAGUUUUCCUCAGAGUAGGAUCGGCAGAGACAGAUGAGCAGCUGCAGAAUGUGAUCUGCAAAUUUUUACCACCCGUGCUGUUGAAACUGGGCAGUCAACAGGAUGGUGUAAGGAAGAAGGUGAUGGAAUUGCUAGUUCACAUCAACAAACGUGUGAAGAGUCGACCGAAGGUACAGUUACCUGUGGAGGCACUCCUGUUACAGUAUCAAGACCCUGCUGCGUCGCCCUUUGUCACGAAUUUCACUAUUAUAUACCUUAAGUUGGGUUACCCACGCAUGGGAAUAGAGAAACAAGCAGAGCUAGCCUCAUCGCUUAUCAACUGUUUGGAUGGUAAACCACAACUGCAUCAAGAUAGCCUCAUGUUCAUGCUGAUGCCGGUGCUAGGCAGCAUUAACGUCCCGGCCGACCCAAGCCGCCGCAAGUCCGCGUUCUGUUUUGCCGAGAAACCUCAGACUGCCAAGCUGCUUCUGGACUUCAUGAUGGACGUACUGCUGCUUCCUUACGGGACGACGAGUCAGGUGCGGCCGGGGUCGUCGGCCGCGCAGGGCGGCGAUAGCGCCCCCUCACCACCGCCGGGGAUGAGCGAGUAUGCACUGAAGCGAGUCACGGGAGAUAAUCCGCUCUCACCCGAAGCCCUAGAGAAGGCGAAGACUGGCAUUGUAAAGUUUUUAGCGGCCGAGUUUUUCUCGCCCGAAGAUAUCGUUUGUCAGUUGGUGGUGGCAACGUCGGACACGAGGCAUGGUGUUGCUGGUGCUGCAGAUAUGGAACUUAGAAAGAUCAGUGGGGUCAUUGAUUGGAAUAAAACUGAGAUCAUUGUGAAGCUGUACAAUCUAUUUAGAGGAACUCUGCUGACAAAGGAACAAAGGGUAUCAGUCAAGCCUGAGCACAAACGAGCUACUGCUAACACGAGAAUAAAGCUCAAGAUUCUCCCAUACCUCCUCAAGUCGAGGGAGGCUGCAAAUCAACUACCCUAUGCAAUACAGGUGAUAUUUGACUGUCUGUAUGGAGCCAAUACUAACGCGAAGCUAAAGAACAUGGCUGUGCAGUUUGUCUAUCAUCUAUGCAUCAGUUGCAGUGAGGCAAAGCUUGCCCCUGUGGGCCUAGUUCUGCUCUCUGGUAUGAUCAAGUUGGCUUCAGAAACAAAGGAGGACAACAAGUUACGAGGGAUGGCGUACAUUGCGGUUGGCAAGCUGUGUAACAAGCUUCCACAGCUCGCUGUGCGUGACAUAGCCAUGGUGCAGACGUUCUUUGACUGCAUACCUAAGGAGGACAAUGAGACAAAGCUGGCUCUUCAGGAGGCCCUGUCGCUCAUCGCUCCAACUUUCAAGGGAAUGACCGGUCCCAACGUGUUUCUCAUAGAAGCGAUGAUCCUACAGAACAUAGAACGGGCCGAACCCCUUGCAAGACUGAUGGCUCUCAACUUUGCCAAUGUAGUGUUUCCUCACAAUCACAUACCUUCACGAUAUGUGCUUCUACUUGCUACUGGGGACUCUAAGGAGCAGGUUCGUACGGAGGCAAUGAAGAUCCUGCACUCUACUCCGGGGAGCAGCAGUGGAACGAUCACAGCCAAGCAGCAGUCACCCGCUUCCUGCGACGACGAUUCGCUGUUUCCUGCCUUCGCUGACAUGGCCGCCUUCAUACAGACUAGGGCAGAAUCCAGGCAGAAUGGUUCAUCGAGGUAUGUGAUGGGAAACCACACGCUGCCGUUCAAUCCCGGUGCUUUCGGUCAAAUCGUGCUCUACCUGCGCAUGUGUCUCGCCUACAACGCCGGCGUGCUGUCGGACAUGGAGUCGGUGAGCAGCAUGCAGGGACAGUCGCCCGCGCUGACGACGUACGUGCGGCGAGUGCUGAGCGAGGAGGCAGAGGGCGCCGGCGGUCGCCACGACGAGGGCAUGGGGAGCAACGUGAUUCACAUCUACCUGUCUCUCAUCCAGCAGCUGCUGCCGGCCGCUGCGCUUUACUCGGUGAUGUGGUGUCUGCUGGAGAUUGUAGCCGUGGCUGCCGAUCUACUCGCACCAAAGUUUGUGGACAGUCUCAAAGCUGAGCAGACCUGGACUGAGAUCAGAAUGUGCGGAGGCUGCUACGAAUCCGUCCACUCUGUUCUGUUCUUCCUCCUGGCAACGGCUUCAUGUGCGACAUUCACCGCAAGUCGUGCAGAGGUAAACCGAAACACGUCAACGGACAAGACACAGGAGGUUCAGCACGGAGCGAUGCUAGCAUUGAGCUUCACGUUAUCGCGGAGGCUGCGGAACAGUACCGAAGAGCAGCAGCAGUCGCCUCCUAAUUAUGCCAGCACUGCCGUGAGAGCUGUAGCGGCGUUUCUCAGCAGCACUAACGCAGUGCUGAGCGUGGGAGCCUGCUCCGCUAUCGGGGAGAUCGCUCGCAACAUGCCGCUGCCGCUGCCCAGCGGUGAGCUAGAGACAGAGAGCAAGGAGAUGACAAAGGCCUGCAUUGUCAACACGCUGCUCAAGAAAAUGUCCAGCUCUCAGGAACCCAACAGCGUGAAAGAAAAGGCAAUGCAGACUCUAGCAAAUUUGUGUGUUGCUGAUGAUACGUUCCCGUGGAAACGCCAUAUUCUAGAAAAACUUCUCAGUUCACCACAGCCACACCAGAUAGAUCUAAACUUUGCCUGCGGAGAUGCCCUCGUCUCUGCUGCUCUAGGAAGGAAGUCCGCAGCACGGCGUGACAUGUGGGUGCAGUCCGAGAAAGAUUUCCUCAAGGAGAAUCUAUCUGAGAAGGGUGAUGAUCACGUGUCCUGGCUGCUAGAUCAGCUGCUAGAGAAGCUAGGAGGAAAGAGCAAUGCUAUCACCCGACAGGCGGCGUGUGUGUGGUUGCUGACGCUGGUGAGUAAAGCUGCGGAACACGAGGCAGUGACAGCACGCCUCAUCGACAUACAGACGUCAUUCAUCAACAUGCUCGCAGACACCGACGAGCUGACGCAGGACGUGGCGAGUAAAGGUCUUGGCCUGGUGUACGAGCGAGGCGGGGAGGAGGCAAAGAAACAGCUGGUGGACCUGCUACUGGACACACUGAUGACCGGCCGCAGGAAGAAAACUGAGGUGACAGAUAACACCAAGAUUUUUGAACCAGGAACUCUGGGAAAGGCACCUGGCGGGUCUGGUAGUCUGACUACAUACAAAGAACUAUGCAGCCUAGCAUCCGACCUCAACCAACCCGACCUAGUGUACAAAUUCAUGCAUCUCGCCAACCACCACGCCAUGUGGAACUCUAAAAAGGGCGCUGCGUUUGGGUUCACUGUCAUCGCGACGCAGGCGCGCGAUCAGCUCGAACCACAUCUCCCCAAGAUCAUCCCGCGGCUGUAUCGCUACCAGUACGAUCCCAAUGCGAAGAUACAGCAGGCGAUGACGAGCGUGUGGAACGCACUGGUCGCCGACAGCAAGAAAAUGGUGGAUUUGUACAUGAAGGAUAUCCUGCAGGAUCUAAUAUCUAACCUCACGAGCAGCAUGUGGCGAAUCAGGGAAUCCAGUUGCCUAGCGCUGAACGAUCUGCUACGGGGGCGCCCCCUGGAUGACGUCAUACCGGAGCUUCCGACGCUGUGGCAGACGCUGCUUCGCGUGAGAGACGACAUCAAGGAGAGCGUUCGCAAUGCUGCCGACAUUGUACUGCGCACCCUUAGCAAGUGCUGCGUGAAGAUUUGCGAUCCAAACUACGGCAAGGUGGGAGGCGACGCGAUGCGACAGCUGCUGCCUGUGUUGCUGAGUGAUGGAGUCGGAAGCAGCGUCGCAGAGAUCAGAAGCUUCAGCCUGCAGACGCUGGUGAAGCUGAGUAAGAACGCGGGACCACUACUGAAGCCACACAUAGCCGUGCUCGUCGCCGCGCUGCUGGAAGCUCUCAGCGAACUCGAGCCGCAGAUGCUCAACUACCUGAGUCUGCACGCCGCGCAGAGCCAGGAGACGCUGGACAAGCUGGACAGUCAGAGAGUGGCCGUCUCAAAACUUUCGCCGAUGAUGGAAACCAUUAACAUGUGCGUGCAGUACGUGGAUGAAGGAGUGCUUACUGAACUAGUGCCUCGACUGUGUGACCUCAUUAGAACCGGUGUUGGACUGGGAACCAAGGUUGGCUGCGCAAACCUUGUGAUUUCACUAUGCUUCCAUUCACCGCAGGAUCUUACAGCUCAUACAGGAAAGCUGAUGAAGGCUAUGCUACAUGGACUCACGGAUAGAAAUGCUACAAUUCGCAAAAGUUACGCACAAGCUCUUGGUCAUCUAGUCAAAUGUGCGAGAGAUGCCAGUGUUGGUAAGCUCUUAACAAAACUCAGAAGCUGGUACAUGGAAAAAGAAGACGAGUCGUUGAGGCUGGCGGUUGCCUACACCCUGCAGGCGAUUAGUAAGAACAGUCCUGACGUGAUGCGCGCCUAUGCGACCCAAGCUGUUCCUCUCGUCUACUUCGCAAUGCACCGCAAAUGGGACAAGACAAAAGGAGAAACGGAUGCAGAGCAGUCCAUCUGGGAGGAUGUAUGGUUGGAAUCCACUCCAGGUACGGAAGGUGGCAUCAGGUUGUACAUAGAAGAGCUGGUAGAGAUAACACAGGCCGGCCUGGAGUCAAACUCAUGGCCCAUGAAAGCGCAGGCAGCUUCCGGAAUCGAGAUGAUAGCAAAUAAGAUGGCAGGGAACUUGGGAGCGCCCCACCUCGGCAAGCUGCUAACGGCAUUGAUCGCCGGACUCGCGUCGCGCACGUGGGAUGGCAAGGAGGCCCUGCUGAAGGCAGUCGCUGCAAUCUGCACCAACUGCAAGCACGCGUUGUCAGCGAGCGUCGAGGGGCAGCCCAGCGUGGAGGAGCUGCUGGCGGCCGUGAUGCGUGAGUGCCGCAAGGAUAAACUCGGCUACAAGCUGGAGGCGGUGCGUGCGGCGGGCAUCAUGGUCGACGAGUUGGGAGAGGACAGGUUCACGCAACUGUGGGAGCUGCUACUGCCGUCGCUUCGCAAGGAUAAAUCAAAAAAUGAAGACAGUGAUUCUGAUGAGGAGGUUUCCAGCAAAAGCUCAAGGGUUACCAUGAAACUAGAUUUCCAAAGUGUGUCAUAUGAAGCAUUAGGGAAAGCGUGGCCAAAGCAACCUGCUACACAGGAUAUGUGGCAGGAACAGUUCUGUGAGUUGCUGGUGUGUGAAUUGCCAAACACAACGUGGAAAGUCCAAUUAUCAAUCCUGCGAGCAAUGCAGAGCUUUAUAUCUAGAUUGUGUGUUUUGGAGAGCUCUGAGAACAUAGAGAAACAUGAACAAGUUGUGCUGAAGCUAGUGUCACAGAUAGUACCCCCUGUCUGUCAAUCUAGUGGCAUAGCAAAGUAUGCAGCGGUGCGCACGGAAUCAAUCACCGUUUUAGAAAAACUGAUUGCCAAGCUGAUAGCCGCCGAUCGAUUAGCAAUUCUUCCGGAACCACUCUCCAGUCUGAUAGAUGGCGCCCUCACAGCGAUGGCGACCGACAACCAACCGGAGCUGAAGCAUCGGGCAGCAGAGCUGCGCAAGAGCUUAACGACUAGCAAAUAGACGAGAUCCCAAUGGAAGCGGGGAUUCCGUUGCGUCGUUUACCUCUCUGUUACUGAGAGAAGGGCUUGCAGUGGUUUUAAGAGAUUGUUCUUGCGCUAGCCUGAGAGAGAGAGAGAGAGAGAGAGAGAGAGAGAGAGAGAGAGGAAAAGGCCAAUCAGUGGGGCUAAUGUCUUUUCGAUUCCUUUUCGUAGUAGCAGCGCUGACUGCGCACGGGCGGUGGGAGCGCAUGCACGUGCGACGAUGGGAGUGGAAUCGCGUUGGGGGUUUUAUAUAUCACCACUUGUCCGAGUCGACAGAUGUCAGCGUUGCAUCUCGCGGUGAAGUCUGGACGGACGCCCCUUCACUCUCGUCGAUGCCUUAUGCGGUACGUCGCUAUCACUAUUUAUAUGAAGCGUGUUGGCAUAUACGGAUACGUUAUAUCGUAUACGUAUAAUUUACGAGAUGCUGGUAGUGUGUGGUCUACAUGCUCCCACUGAGCUCGCCCGCUCUAGUUUCUGCUUUGGCUGCCACCUUGUCUGUAAUAUUGGGAAUCGUCUCUAGCUUGUGUGAGAGCUGUCCUCGGUUACUGAGCAUACAUGCUAAAGACGUCAUACAGACAUACGGUCUACAGACGUAUACAUGCGCGUCGCUGACGGUGUGUAACGCAUAGAAAAUCUGGUGUCACGAGCCGCGAGAAGUUUUUACCGAGAGAUCGUCGUUCCUCGUUCGCGCAUUUCGAUUGAUAUGUUCGAAGCGCGAUGGCUGCUGGUGGUGGUAGUGAGUUCAGGGUCCGUUUGAAGUAGCUAGCACUGCAUUUCUGUCUGCAUUCUGUGUGUUCAAGCUCUCUAUAUAUGCAGUAUGAAGUUUGCAUCGUAACACGUUCGAUUUCGAUGACGCGACUUCGUUCCAUAUUCGUGAUUCAAACAUGGCUUGAAAUGACGUGGUCUUGUAUUUAAACACCCAUAGCGUGUGUAUUAAAGGCAUACUAGGCCCAUUGAUUAUGCAAUGUUGACGAAUGCUAGAGUAACUGGCACCUUGUGUA